UCUAAGGUUCUCGACAAGUUAUUGCAGGUAGAAGAAUUGCAAUGAACCCAGUCAGCCCCAUGACGUGGGGACCCGCAGCUCCCCGAGCUGUGUUCGGACUUUGCCUUUUGCAGACAAAAAUUCCCAGUUUUGGGGAGGUAUGGGCGUGGAGGAGAGGAUUGUGCAAAGCCCAGCAGCAGCCCUGGCAUCAAAUGCCCUCAAUAAAUACAGUGUGAGUGUCCUAAUCAACAACUCUCAGCGGAGCGCAGGAGGGCAGGCUCCACCAGCAUGGCUGCCCUCGUGCCCCUGCUCACCUGUGGGCUCUGUGCUGUGCUUCUCAUCGCUGCACUCCUCUGUGUUGUAAAAGCUUUUAAACGAUCAGCUUUAAAUUUGCCUCCUGGUCCGUUUCCUCUCCCCAUCAUUGGCAACCUGCACCUGCUGGACAUCAGGAGGCAGGACAGGUCUCUGAUGAAGAUUUCAGAGAAAUAUGGUCCCGUGUUCACCGUCCACCUGGGGAUGCAGCAGACGGUGGUGCUGAGUGGCUACGAGGCAGUGAAGGAUGCGCUUCUGAACACGGCGGAUGUGUUUGCAGACAGACCUGCUAUCCCCAUCUUCCAUCACAUCCAGCAUGGAAAUGGUGUGUUCUUCUCCUCCCAAGAGCUCUGGAAGACAACACGGAGAUUCACUGUGGCAGUUAUGCGGGAUUUGGGCAUGGGGAAGCGGCUUGCAGAAGAAAGGAUGCUCGAGGAGCUUCGGUUUCUCACUGAGCUGAUCAAAUCCUUCCAAGGUGGGCCAUUCCGACUUCGGCUUUUGAAUGCAGCCCCCACCAACAUCACCUUUGCUAUCCUCUUUGGGAGAAGGUUUGACUACGGAGACCCAACGUUUGUCACUCUGCUACGACUCAUCGAUGAAGUUAUGCUCCUUCUUGGCUCCCCAUUCCUGCAUCUAUUUAAUUUCUACCCGUUCCUUGGAUUUCUUCUUAAACCUCACAAGUUGAUCCUGAAGAAAGUGGACGAGGUGUGUGUGAUCCUAAAGAAACACAUCCAGGAGAGCAAAGCAAAUAUUAAUGGAAACAACCUGACGAGCUACAUUGACGCACUGGUCUUCAAACAAGAGGAGGAUAAUAAAAGCAAUACCCUUUUUCAUGAUGCAAAUGUUUUGGCCUCUGCACUGGACUUGCUCAUGGCUGGCACUGAAACAACAUCCACCACCCUGCAGUGGGCCGUCCUGCUGAUGAUGAAGUAUCCUGAGAUUCAAAAAAAGGUGCAUGCAGAGAUUGAGCGCGUUCUUGGCCCUGACUGCCUGCCUACCUUCGAGGACAGGAAAAACAUGCCCUUCACCAACGCAGUCAUCCAUGAGGUGCAGAGAUUUGUCACCCUUCUGCCACACGUUCCGCGGUGCACCUCUGCUGACACUCACUUUAAAGGCUAUUUCAUACCCAAGGGAACAACAGUGAUUCCUCUGCUCUCCUCGGUGCUGUUGGAUAAAACACAGUGGGAGACGCCGGAUGAAUUCAACCCCAAUCACUUCCUUGAUGCAGAUGGAAACUUUGUAAAGAAGAAAGCGUUCCUGCCCUUCUCCACAGGGCGGAGAAGCUGCAUUGGAGAAAGCCUUGCCACGGUGGAGCUCUUCAUCUUCUUCACAGGCUUGAUCCAGAAGUUCACCUUUAAGCCUCCACCUGGAGUGAAGGAAUCAGAGCUGAAUAUGAAAGCAGAGGCUGGGUUCACCAUGAGGCCAUACCCGCAGUGUACCUGUGCUGUGCUGCGCCGUGAACCUGAGCCUCAUAGAGCAGAACAACCCAUGUAGCUGUUCACUGCGGAGCGCAGCAGAUGCACACAGGAGAAACCAGGUGUCACUAUGCAGUAUUUAGCAGUAAUGCAUUCUUACUCAAAGCCUUUCAAGUACUGGCUCUGUGCUUAAAAUGUGUUGAGCAAAUGGUUUUGUAUGAAGCAGAGGAGAGCUGUGGCUGAGGCGAGCUGGGAGUAGCACCCAACACAUGAUGGGGGGUGACAGAACCAUCACUACUUCACUCAUUAAAUGCACAGUGUAAGGAAACGUUCCUAGUUCUCAGCUUCUGAGAGAAUGUUUCUCAUCGUCGGGUUGUUUCUUCAUUUGGAGAGCGACGUUAGACAAAGAUUGUCUCAUUCUCACAUUGCUGCUCUUCUCCCAUUCCUCACUGUACCUGUUGUGAUGAACUCCUCCCAGGUACCUGCACCAUGUCCAGUGGGAGCCCUUCCUACGCUUUCCAGUCUUCUGAUUUUCAACCCAGAUACCAAGCCGUGACUUUUUAUGUUCCCUGUGCGCUGAGUGAUCUCAUCACACACCUUCACCACUGAUGACAGCAGGACUCUCGUUUCCAGCAGCUCACUUUUCCCUUGGUCUGAAAUGCAGAGUAGGGGCCAGAAGGAUUAGACAGGACUGCAAUGGAGGGUGGGCUGAGCCAAUGCCCUACAAAGAGUUUGCACAGGUGAACCCCAUGGAAAGGGGCUGUCUGCUGUAGGAUGGGACGAAGGCAACCCCUGUUCCCUGAAUACCACCUGAUUCUCCCAGGUUAAUGGUAAAUAAAUAGUGCACAUCUCUUUGCUCCCAACCUCGCUCCCAGGUGAGUGCAGUUGGACUGGGGUUCAUAGAGUUGCAGGGUGUUCACCAUAUGGAGCCCUGGUUGUGGCUGGCAGGGCGUUCUGGCCCAGUGGGGACUGCAGGGCUGGCAGUGACUCGGAGGGAUCGUGGUGCCAUCUCGUGGCCAAAGGGGAAUAGAGAUGAUGUUCUGCUCGGUGUUUGUUGCUCUGGACAGUGUGCAAAGGGGCUGCAAAUAGAGGGCUGGUGCUCAUUGCACAAGUUGCUGCUAUUCUGGCACCUGGCCAUCAUCCCUUGGACAACAGAGCCCAUGGCAAGGACCAGGUCUGAGGUUCUACCAUGAAUGAGUGCAGAUCUGGACUCCAUUUGCAACAUCUGUCUUCUGAGUUUCCCUUACUUCCAGAGGAGCAGGGGCAGGAACAAGCCAAACCUCUCAGAAGCCAAAGGCAAACAUUUUGAUUUCAGCAAGGCCAAGCUUUCCAUCCCUGAGUUGAUGCGUUGCUUUUUCUGUCUGUCCCCCUAGUGAAGACCCCAUCCCCAAGAGAUACACCGUCAGCAAGUGAUGCUUUGGGAGGGCAAGAGAGACCCAAGGCAUCAGGCAUGGGGACGUCAGGGAAGUUGUGGAGGGAACUUUUCCCUCUGCCUAUUAAAGCAAAAGCUGAAGGUUAAGCAAGGAAAAAAGUGGAAAGCCAAGAGUGUCCUCAGUAACCAUAGCUGAGCACCAAGGGAAAUCUUUUUGCCCUGGAGAAAGCACUGCUGAUAUGGAGGCCCUCAGGCUGAGCUGUUUGUAGGAUCAGGGCAUGGGGUACCUCUCAGCCAUGGGGUACGAGCUGAACCAAAUGUGUUGCUGUCAGUCUGGGCUCAGGUUCAGCUCCAUUCUUUUCUGUAAAAUACCAAGUUUGGUGGCAGAAACAUCUGAUGUAAUGAAAACGUGGGAGGAUUGAAAUUUUAUUGGGUUCCCGUGAAGGGAGAGACAUAAACAAUGUGAUAAAGUACAUGAUAAGCUAAUGCAUAUGGAGAAUAGAGAUUCAAAGACAGCUAUUUGGAUGGAAAAUAUCCUGAGCUAUACAUCAACUGGAUUGAGAUUGCAGUAUAUGAUGGCUGAUAAGAGUGCUACGGACUGGGGCAGCAGACAGAGCAAAAGAAAACAAUGACAACCAGAUCUGAUCCCAGUUCUCCUUGCAUGUGUGUUUGCCUGCAUGCAAGGCUCCACUUGCAAAGAAAUUGCAUGGUUGGUUCCAAUGGGCAGACUGUUCCAAACUGCACUGAUUGCCCAGGAGAUCCUGAGAGAGGGAAUGUAUUUGCUCCUAUUUUAACCAGGUCAGAAAAGACAGAUAUCCAUAAAACUAGAAAUGAGUCACUUUAUUUUCCUGCAUCAUUAGACUUUUAUGGUCACUUGCUGGUAUGAAUGUAAACUGCAAACUUAUAAAUGUAGAUCUUCUUCCAUUCAGACUGUGGAGCAGCAUUGAAUGUGGUGGCAGCAACUCUUGGCUAUCUAGACAGGUUUGCAGACUUUAAGGUGUCUUUCAGGACUGUGUUUCAGGGAGGAAGAACUUCAUCCCCACAGCCCAUGGAUGGGUUGUUUUGAACUCUCAGUGCUUGACUUGGCUGCCUGCCCCAGUGGGAUUUUGCUGGAAGCUCUGGCUGAUUAGAAAGCUUGGCUCAGGAAGCACCUACAGCGUAUUUCUGCAGCUCCCAGUGAAGGUUGGUGUGUCUUGACUGGGAAUUUUGGGCAGAUUUCUGCAGUGUUGUGAGCCUCACUUCUUUGGUAUUGAAGUGUGAAUGUCACACCUACAUCUCAUGGGCACGCACCCCAUGGUCCUUCAGCUGCUCCGUGUCCCUCUCUGGGAGGGUCACCAGGAUUGUGCUUUCUCAUUGAUUACCUUCACCCUCCACAGCAUGGGAGCAAAGAGCGGGUCAGUGACCUAUGGGGAGAUGUAGGGGUGGGAGUGGACGGAGACAGUGGGAGGGAAAGAUGACAGAGUGUGGCAUGUUGGGAUGGGGUGAAGAGCCCCAGCAUAGCUAAGAUGGGCCUUGGCAGUGUCCCUGCCUGGCUGACCCGCUGCAGGCCCUGGCUACUCAUGCAGGAUGGCACAGGUCGCCUGAGGCCGAGGCCUUAAUGUAAAAGUCGUUUCGGGGACGGUCAGGUCCAAGUCAGCCUCUGAAACUCCUGGCUGAGGUUGGAAAGUGAACGUCUGCAGCAGCCCUACGAAGAAGACAAACAGCUCCAUCUUGGCGAGGCUUUCUCCGAUGCAGUUCCUUCGCCCUGCGGGUGACAGCAGCGUGCUUACUUGAUGGAAGUACAAGAUGGAGAAGUCCUGUCCACAGUGGGUUUACCUAAAUGUCUCACUCCAACUCUAAAUGUUGCCCUACCACCCCUCCUUCCCACCCCCACUGCAGGGCUGUCCUUCCUAGAAAGGUCCUUUCCCCAUCUGGAUCUUUGGGAACCAACCCUUGAGCUCAUCAUCCAAAUGAGAGGCAGUAAUUAGCCACGAGGUCCCCUCAGUGUGGCCGAGGCCUUUUGGUACCUGUGGAGAAGGGCAGGAAAGCCUCCCUCUUGACAAAAUUCCCUUCAGCAUCGAGGAAGUGGUUGGGGUUGAACUGGUGCGGUGUCUCCCACUGCGUCUUAUCCAACAGCACUGAGGUGAGCGAUGGGAUGACAAUUAUCCCCUGGGAGAAGACACAAGAAAUAGCAAAGCCCAAGGUGCAGCACCAAGGGUACUGGGUGAAGGGUGUGGGGAAGGGGCUGGAGGUGAGAAGGAGCUCCAUGGAGAAGUCCUUUCCACAGUGAGUUUAGCAAAACAUCUCACUCCAGCUCUAAAUGUUGCUUUGCCAGUAAAAAUCUUGGCUGAGCAGGAAGGCAGGCCUCGAUGCUCCGUUCUCUUUAUUUUGUGGUACGGAUUUGUUGUUGUGGGAGAUCUGCUCUUAGUGGGGCAGGGGGAGACCCUGAGGAUUUUAUCCCCUCCACCAACAGGGAGGGGUCAGGGAGAUUUUCCCAUCUGUGCCAAGGGCUGGAGCCAAAUGCCACGUUGGCACCGUGAGGACCUUGGGAAGAGGGUCAGAUCCUGCACAUUACAUGGCAAAUACUUCACUGGGCAAAUGGCAUCAGAGUUAAACCACGGUCACUCUUGGAGUGUGGAAAUGCUGAGCAUGAGGGUCUGAAUUGAGUUCCAUAGUACUCUCUGGGCUCAGCAGUCGCUGGAAAGGAAGGAACUCUUCUGGGGUAAUUCUGGACAUCUAUUUUGUGCUUCUGUCCUACAGCUCCCUCCAAAGGAGCUGGUCUGUAGUGCUACUGGCAACAAGAGGAGCACGGUGUGCCGCUGGGCUGGGCCAUACCCACCUUGGGAAGGAAGUAUCCCCUGAAGUGGGUGUCCACAGCGGUGCAGCGCGGAACGUGGGGCAGGAGGGUGAUGAACCUCUGCACUUCGUGGAUCACCGCGUUAGUGAAUGGCAUGUUCUUGCGGUCCUCGUACGUGGCCCAGCUUCCAGCUUUGACAGUUCUUCCAAUCUCCUCCUGCACCUUUUCUGGAAGGAACAAAGAAUGGCGAUGUAUCCCAGCGAGGAAAACAACUCCCCCCUUCAGACCUGAUUUUGGUUAAAAAAAAAUGUGUUUUUCCAGCAUCUGGAGGAAGAGGAGUCUUAAAACAGCAGGAGCUCACUUUGGAUCUCUGGGUAUUUCAUCAUCAGCAGGAUGGCCCACUGCAGCGUGGUGGCUGUGGUCUCUGUGCCCGCCAUGACCAGGAAGCUGCACUGAACCUUCCUCCACAGUGAUGGGAAGAAGACUAAUGUCUCACAUUGGCCCAGAUCCAGUGGGAAAGAAGAAAAGACUCAGAGCACAAAUACUUUGUGUGGAAUGAAACCAACUGAUGUGUGAAAUUGCAGUCUCUACUAAAGUAAGAUGCAGGGCUGGGCUCGCAAAUGUACCAACCAUUCAUCAUUCCAGUUCUUUAAGUGUAUCGUUCAUCUUGGAGCAAUAGUAUCAGUGAUUAAUUGAUUUGGUGUCAUAAAAAGAAAAGCACAGUCA